AUGAACAGACCACCGUCGACCGAAAAUUCUGAACCCAGCGAAAAAUUAGAGAAGACGACGCUAGUUGAGCUUAAGAAUGGGAAGCUCGUGUUCAAGCAGAAGAGUCUAAUCUUUGAGAAGAUGUCGGAGACUAUGCAGGAGAUAGUCAAGUUUCGCGAGAUGAUUGAGGAGAGGAUGGAGCGCAAGGACCCCCCACUGGCUUCGGUGCCAGACGAGCACAAACCUCUGAUUGCGAAGCUCGUUCAUGAGAGUGACAAGACCAUUCAAGCCCUUUCCAAACACAUCCUAAGCGAGCUACUUCCGACGCCUGACGGAGACGGCGACACGUCCAGCGGUGCCACGCCAGCCCUUACCGUUGAAUCAGUGGAAAAAGCAAUUAAGGCGGUGGCAACUAGAAACGACUUUGGUCUGGAGAACGUCUCCGGUGAUCGGAAGAUCCCCUCUGCGCUGCAUAUAUGGAGAUGGGAGGUGAAACAGGAGUUCUGGGAUUGGCUGCCCAAGGCUGCUAAAGAGAAGGUCGAGGUUCGGUCUGCUGAACGGCGUCAGGCAAGAAAGGAAGUCAAUUCGUUAUUCCAGUCGUUGCGAGAGGACGAGAAAAAUAUCCUCCUCGGUUCGAAGGCGAUAGGGAAGGCAUCGAUCAAGCUCAGAGCGUUCAAGAGCGCGGACGGCUUCGUGUCGCUGGAUGCGAGCAACAUCCAGGGCAAGUCUUCGUCCCAGCAGUCAAAUGAGGAACAGUCAAAGGACAGUGAGGAGGCCGAGCCUAGCGAGGAUGCUCAGCAGUCAGGUGGUACACCAAAGGGCCCAGGUCGUCCCAAGAAACCCGUGGACCCCGAAAAGGCUGCUAAAGAGAAAGAAAAGCAAGAGAAAAGGGCUGCGAGGGAGGAGAAAGAGAAGAAGGCCAGGGAGGCGCAAGACAAAGCGCGUUCGAUGAUGGCGAAUUUCUUCGGGAAGACGAAAGCGCCACUGGUGCGACGCUCGUCGUCCAUCACCACCGAUAGUGGGGCAAACUUCGCUGGACCUUCGUCCCUACCAUCCGAGUUCGAGAAGACAUUCAAGUCGUUCGUGCUCAAGAGAGACGCGAAACUUGCCCCGACGAACUGGUUCCAACAUGCCAAGGAACAGCCAAGAAAAGGGAAGCAGCGUGCUAAUGUAGAGGUCAUCGUGCUUGACGACGACUGCGAAGUCAAGCAGGAAGAACCGCAGGAUGUCGAGAUGAAGGAUGCACAAAGCGACGUCGACGUCAGCCAAAUGACCGCCCACGAGCGUUUGCGCAACGUCUUGUCGACUCUGCCGCCUUCCUUAAACCCGAUCCACUGCCCACGAAUGCUCGCCUCGCACCUGAAGACGCACUCGCCGCACUGCGUGCGCGCCAUCGUUACGCAGCUCAACGAGGCCGAGGUCGCAGGGGACGACACGCGCGUCCGCACGCUCCUCGCGCAGCUACGCGACCGUACGCUGCUCCCAGCGAAGGUGCUUAUCUUCUCCGAGGACGUGCGCCCUGGUUACUUCGGGACAUGGACGCGAGCCUCGCGCGAGAUCGGUCCCCGGGCCCCGUUCGCACGUGACAUCGUCUCGCUAGACUACGCGUGCGAUAGCGGGGAGGAGUGGGAGGAGGAGGCUGGGGACGCGGAUGACGUCGUCGAGGACGCAGAGGAGGAGGAUGCGGGCGAGGAGGAGGACUCAGAUCUCGAUAGCUGGCUUGUGGACGACGAUGAGACCGAGCCGGGGACGCCCAUCGAGGAUCGGGAAGGCUCGCCUGAUACGCUCCCGGUGGACCUGCCGCAGCCCGCGCCGAAGAGGAAGGCGAGGAAAGAGGACGCUUCGAAGCAGUCUAAGAAGCGGAAAGUAGUUGUGCCCCUUGUGCCGUUCACGAAAGGGCCGUGCUGGGAGUCCACGAUCGGACAGUGCCAGUACGAGCCAUUCCAGGCAUAUCGGAUCGAGCUGUUCAAUGAUACGCCAUAUCCCAUUGAUCCCUUCAAGUUCGUAUCGACACUUUCAGAAGAACAGGUGGCAAAACAUAUGAAGGAGAGCUCGACCUCCGACGCCCACUUCGCCGUUCCCGCGCUCCCCGCACGUCUGGAAGCCAAGCCAAAUCCUACGCUGGCAGCGAACGCGCCCUCUCCCAUACCUGUAAAGCGUGCCGGGCCCAAGACGCCGUUCCCCGAGGCGCACGUCCCACUGCUCCUGGAGCGGAUCGGCAGUCUCGCGACUCCCAGCCUGCCGUUCAUCAUCGAGACCAUAUACAACGAACUGAAGGAGCAGCGCGUCAAGAAGAACGCUAUUGAAGCGAAGGUGCGCGAGUUAGCGGAGAAGUGCAAGGAGAAGAAGGUCUGGGUUGUGAAACCGGAUGUCAAGGCUUCACAUGGACUUGCAUGA